AUGGACCCAUUUUCAGCAGAGGGCGAGCUCCUCAACAUCCACAAUGCCUUCCACCAAGGCCAGUACGAGAACGUGAUCGACUUCGACACCACUGCCCUCUCCCCGGAGAACCAGCUGCCCGCUCGCGUGCUCAAGCUGCGCGCCAAGAUAGCCCUCGGUCGCGCCGAUGAGGUGCUCUCCGAAGUCUCCUCCGAGGAGGACACCCCUGAUCUGGCCGCCGCCAAGGCCCUGGCCCAGCACACGGCGGGCGACGAAGACGCCGCAUUACAGCUCGCCCAGGAUCUAGCGGAGAAUUACCCGGAUAACGGGACUGUUCAGGUGCUGGGUGGUACGCUGCUCCAGGCGCAGGGUCAUAGCGAGGAGGCGCUGGCGCUGUUGUCUAAGCACCAGGGGAACAUUGAGGCUGUCGCCCUGAUUGUCCAGAUCCACCUCCAGCAGAACCGCUCCGAUCUUGCCAUUAAAGAGGUCCAGACUGCCAAGCGCUGGGCGCAGGACUCGCUGCUCAUUAACAUCGCCGAGUCCUGGGUUGGAAUGAGAGUUGGAGGAGAGAAAUAUCAGGCUGCCUUCUACGUCUACGAAGAACUCGCCUCCGCACCUAGCACGGCUGCCCCGCUCUCGAUUACCGGCCAGGCAGUCGCAGAGCUGCACCUGGGCCGCCUGCCCGAGGCUGAGGCCGCGCUCACCGCCGCACUGGAGAAGUACCCCGAUCAGGCGGAGUUGAUUGCCAACAGCAUUGUGCUGAAUGUGCUGGCGGGCAAGCCGAGCGUGGACCUGGAGUCCCGGCUGCAGCAGGUCAACCCCUCGCACCCUCUUCUCUCUGAUAUCCAGGAGAAGAGCGAGUUCUUCGACACCGCGGCUGCGAAGUACUCGCCCAAGGUGACCUCGUAG